GGCUCCCUCCAGUCUGCGGUACCGCGCACGCUGACAGGCACGAGUAGACGCCGUGUAAACACCUCCACAGAGGGAGUCAAUAGAUGCGUUGAAUGUUCACAUCCGGCGACAGGGGGCGCUGUGGGCCCUGCUCUCUCCGCCUUUCUCGGUCCUUUCUCUCCGCCCCCCGGUUCUCUCUCGCAGGUCGGGAUUUCCCGCUCUGCCUGCCAUCGUUUUUUUUGCGUUUGGUGUUGGGAGCUCGUGCAGGCCAUCGUCCAGACAGCGGUGUUUCCCGAAACACUACCCAACUGGCUGCUAGCUGAGCCGGCGAGUAUCGUAGGAAAGCACGCGGGAAGCCCGGCCUGCUCCGGGAGGGAGCCCAGGAGACCCGGCCGUGUGCAGGAUGGCGGUCAGCCUGGAUAAAGAAGCCUAUUACCGGCGAAUUAAGCGGCUCUACAGCAACUGGAAGAAAUCUGAAGAUGACUUCUCCAACGUGGAUGCUAUUGUGGUAUCAGUGGGAGUGGACGAGGAGAUCGUGUACGCCAAGUCCACGGCCCUACAGACCUGGCUUUUUGGCUACGAGUUAACGGACACAAUAAUGGUCUUCUGUGAGGAGAAAAUUAUCUUCAUGGCCAGCAAGAAAAAAGUGGAGUUCCUUAAGCAGAUUGCCAACACAAAAGGCAAUGAAAAUGCUAAUGGCACCCCAGCCAUCACACUUCUAGUCCGGGAGAAGCAAAAUGAGGCUAACAAGGCGAACUUCGACAAGAUGCUUGAGGCCAUUCGAGGGAGCAAGAAAGGAAAGAAAAUUGGCGUUUUUAGCAAAGACAAGUUCCCAGGGGAUUUCAUGAAGAGCUGGUAUGACUGCUUGAAUAAAGAAGGGUUUGAAAAGGCUGAUAUCAGCGCUACUGUGGCUUACACAAUUGCUGUAAAAGAGGAUGGAGAACUAAACCUGAUGAAAAAGGCAUCUACCAUUACCUCGGAUGUCUUUAAUAAGUUCUUUAAAGAGCGUGUCAUGGAGAUUGUAGAUGCUGAUGAGAAAGUACGGCACAGCAAGCUUGCAGAGUCUGUGGAGAAAGCCAUAGAAGAUAAAAAAUAUUUGGGUGGGACGGACCCAUCCACCAUUGAAAUGUGUUAUCCUCCCAUAAUCCAGAGUGGAGGCAAUUACAAUCUAAAAUUUAGUGUGGUCAGUGACAAAAACCACAUGCACUUUGGGGCGAUCACAUGUGCCAUGGGUGUCCGCUACAAAUCCUAUUGCUCCAAUUUAGUGCGCACACUCAUGGUGGAUCCAACGCAGGAAAUGCAAGAAAAUUACAACUUCUUGCUACAGAUGCAGGAUGAUUUAUUCAAGGAGUUGAAGCAUGGUGCAAAAAUAAGUGAUAUUUAUCAAUCUAUUAUGGAUCAAGUGAAAAAACAGAAGCCAGAUCUAAUGAGCAAGAUCACAAAAAAUCUGGGUUUUGCUAUGGGAAUAGAGUUUCGGGAAGGAUCUCUCGUAAUAAAUAGCAAAAAUCAGUACAAACUCAAGAAAGGAAUGGUGUUCAGUGUUCACUUGGGCCUGGCAGACCUGACCAAAAAAGAUGGAAAGAAACAAGAAGAGAAGACUUAUGCUUUGUUUGUUGGGGAUACAGUGCUGGUUAAUGAGGAGGGACCAGCGACUAUUCUUACCAGUGUUAAGAAGAAGGUUAAGAAUGUCGGCAUCUUCUUAAAGAAUGAAGAUGAAGAGGAGGAUGAAGCCAAGGAUGAUGCUGAGGAGCUUCUUGGCCGAGGAUCUCGAGCUGCAGCACUUCUUACGGAGAGAACCAGAAAUGAGAUGACAGCAGAAGAGAAGCGCCGGACUCACCAGAAGGAGCUUGCAACACACCUAAAUGAGGAGGCACGAAGGAGGUUAACAGAACAGAAGGGUGAACAGCAAGCACAGAAGGCUCGGAAGUCUAACGUUUCGUACAAAAACGCUUCUCAAAUGCCAAAAGAGCCAGAAAUUCGGGAGAUGAAGAUUUGUAUAGACAAAAAGUAUGAGACUGUCAUUAUGCCUGUGUUUGGAAUUGCUACUCCCUUCCAUAUUGCCACCAUCAAGAAUAUUAGUAUGUCAGUCGAAGGGGAUUACACUUAUCUCCGUAUCAACUUCUUCUGCCCUGGUAGUGCUCUAGGGCGAAAUGAGGGUAACAUUUUCCCCAACCCUGAUGCCACAUUUGUUAAGGAAAUAACAUACCGAGCCUCCAAUAUGAAGACCCCUGGAGAGACUGCUGUGCCAUCACUUAACUUGCAGAAUGCUUUCCGAAUUAUCAAGGAAGUGCAGAAACGAUACAAGACGAGGGAGGCGGAGGAGAAGGAGAAAGAGGGCAUUGUGAAGCAAGACUCCCUUGUCAUUAAUCUUAAUCGUAGUAAUCCCAAAUUGAAAGACCUGUACAUUAGGCCUAACAUUGCACAGAAGCGAAUGCAGGGAUCUCUUGAAGCACAUGUAAAUGGUUUCCGUUUCACGUCUGUAAGAGGAGAUAAAGUGGAUAUUUUGUACAAUAACAUUAAACAUGCCAUUUUCCAGCCUUGUGAUGGAGAGAUGAUCAUUGUGCUUCAUUUCCAUCUCAAGAAUGCCAUAAUGUUUGGGAAGAAGAGGCACACGGAUGUCCAGUUCUAUACAGAAGUCGGAGAGAUCACUACUGAUCUUGGAAAGCACCAGCACAUGCAUGACCGCGAUGACCUUUAUGCAGAACAGCUGGAAAGAGAGAUGAGGCACAAACUGAAAACUGCCUUCAAAAACUUCAUUGAAAAGGUUGAAUCUUUAACAAAAGAAGAUCUAGAGUUUGAGGUUCCAUUCAGAGACUUGGGGUUCAAUGGAGCCCCAUACAGGAGUACGUGUCUUUUGCAGCCCACGAGCAGUUCUCUGGUAAACACGACUGAAUGGCCUCCAUUUGUUGUAACGUUAGAUGAGGUCGAGCUUGUACACUUUGAGAGAGUCCAGUUUCACCUGAAGAACUUUGACAUGGUCAUAGUCUACAAGGACUACAAUAAGAAGGUUACUAUGAUCAAUGCCAUUCCUGUGGCAUCCCUUGAUCCAAUCAAAGAGUGGUUAAACUCUUGUGAUAUUAAGUACACUGAGGGAGUUCAGUCACUGAACUGGACAAAAAUUAUGAAAACCAUUGUGGAUGACCCUGAAGGUUUCUUUGAGCAGGGUGGCUGGUCUUUCCUUGAACCAGAAGGCGAGGGCAGUGAUGCAGAAGCUGCAGGUUCAGAGUCUGAAGUAGAAGAUGAGACAUUCAAUCCCUCUGAGGAAGAAAUUGAGGAGGAGGAGGAAGACAGUGAUGAGGAUUAUUCGGAUGAAACAGAAGAAUCUGUGUACAGUGAAGAUUCUCUAGGCACCGAUGAAGAGAGUGGUAAAGACUGGGAUGAACUAGAAGAAGAAGCCCGGAAAGCUGACCGUGAAAGUCGUUAUGAGGAAGAGGAGGAACAAAGUCUGACUAAGAAGAGGAAGGGUCUUGGGCAUGCACCCACCCCUUCAAAGAAGAGGAGGAAGUAACACUAGUGUGAACUCUUCCUUUUCCCAACUCGCAUUCAGUUUUUUCACCCCCUUCUACUUUUGAAGUAAAUCCCCACGUCCUGUCUUUCUACUCAUUCCUCAAUAUUAUAUCUGUUCCCAAAAUUGAGAAUUUCUUACCUUUUUCCUUCACGUGCCCUGAGUCUGAGGUGUGUGCCACCUGUGCUUUUGCUGCUACAGACUGCUGGGAUGCUAUGUGAUGGUUAAAAUGGACCAAUAUGGCAUUAUUUUAUUAUGUCUUCUUAACUGGACCGGUCACAAAAUGAAAUCCAUAAUAAAUUUUCACAACAUCAAAAAAAUCUCCACUUUUUUUUUUUUUUUUUUAAAAGACAUUCUUAUUGUAUCUAUAAACCCUUCCAUUACUUCAUGGACUUUGUGACGCUGUGUGGCAGUUAAGUGGUUAAAGUGACACUGCCAGUCUACUCCGCUGGGUGGUUUGCCUGUAUCCCUAUGUGCACUUGACCAGUUCCCCUGCCUCCUCUUAAAGCUUGCCGUUUUCAUAUUUCUUGUGCUGCUCUACUAGGAUUUCUUGUACAAUGUUACUUCCUUUGCGUUCUGUUAUUUUGUGUCAGGAGUCUGUCCUCAUCAUUCUCCUCACUGCUUCUUUUUUUUCCCCCUUUUCCACUGCCUAUGCUCUUUUUCUCUCUAGCAGUGAGAUGUAAAUGGUGUUUUUCAGACCUUGAAGACAUGUAAACAAAUAAAAGUAAAAACGACUUUUUGUACCUUU